CGCUGAUCUGACGACCCAGCGACGCUGAGAGAGUGAGAGAGAGAGAGAAGCGAGAGAGAGAGAGAGAGCAAGAGAGAGAGAGAGAGCGAGCGACGACCGCUGGACGUCAAACGGGGGUCGCUGCUGCUGCUGCUGCUGCUUUGAGGCGGGCUGGUGGCUGCUGUUCGCCUUGGCAUUUGUUGGCUGGAUUGUUGGAUGUUAUAGAGGGCUGUGUGGUCCGUGUGGCAGUGCCUUUGUCCAGCUCUUGGCUUGCUUUUGGCAACUCGGCUUGAUUUUGCGGACUUCAGGCAGCUAGGCGAUCAGGCACAAUGGAGAUUGUGUACGUGUACCAGAAGAAGCGCCGUGAUUUCGGCCGGCAGUGUGUUUUCACCGAUCGCAAGGCCGAAAUUCUGGCCGACAUCGAGCCCAAUCCCAGCCUGGCCAAGGACUACAUUGACCGCAACCCUGCCGAUAUUGCCGUGCAAAACACCCGUGAAUUCUCCGAACAUGAGGUGAAUACUGAGACGGCAGAGUUUACCGAGAACGGCAUGAACCAUGUUGAGGGUGGCUGGCCACGCGAUGUUGACUGCACCGAGGUGGAGCAGGUGAAUCGCUUCAGGAAGAAGAUUGAAAAGGAUGAAGGUUAUCAGCACCAGGUUCUCGAUGCGGCCAGCCAGUUGGAACAUUUGAUCCAACAGAACAAUGCCCUGGACAUUUACGAAGACUACUUCCCCGAGCCCAGCGUAGCUGCGGAGCUCGAGCCCCCGUCGGCGCGUACCAUCAACGUCUUGCGAGACCCUCAAAAGAUUGCCCGCUCUGCCAAUAGCUUGUCGUGGAACCCAGAUGGUAGCGGACGAUUGGCCGUGGCCUACUCGGUCCUCGAGUUUCAGCAAGCACCAGAGGGCAUGUCCUACGACUCAUACAUUUGGAACCUCGACAAGCCCAACGCGCCUGAGCAAACGCUGUCCCCUUCAUCACCACUCGUGAGCCUGCAGUACAACCCCAAGGACGUUCACGUCCUCCUGGGCGGCUGCUACAACGGUCAGAUUGCGCUUUGGGACGUGCGCAAGGGCUCACGGCCCAUGGCCACCACCCCGAUUGAGGCGAGCCAUCGCGAUCCCGUGCACGGUCUCUGCUACAUGUCCUCCAAAACUGGCACCGAGUUCUUCUCCACCUCCACAGACGGUCAGGUCAUGUGGUGGGACUCGCGCAAGCUGGAUGCUCCGACCGAGGUGCUGCAGCUUGACGUCAAUGAGCAGAUGAUGGGGGGUAUCGUCGCUGACUUUGAGUCAACCAUGCCCACCCGCUUCAUGGUCGGCACUGAACAAGGUGUCAUCAUCAACGGCAACCGCAAGGGCAAGUCCCCAGCGGAGAAGCUGGCCAGCACUUUUGAGGGCCACCACGGACCUGUCUACAGCAUUCGUCGCAAUCCCUUCUCUCCCAAGUACUUCUUGUCCGUGGGUGACUGGACCGCUCGCGUCUGGUGCGAGGACGUCCGCGAGUCGGCAGUUCUGUGGUCCAAAUAUUACCCUUGCUACCUCACCUGCGGCGUGUGGUCACACACCCGCCCCGCCGUUUCCUUUGUGGGUCGCUCGGACGGUGCUAUCGACGUGUACGACUACCUCUUCAAACAAGCCGAGGCUGCUCUCACCGUGCCCGUCAGCGACAGCCCCGUCCGCUCCAUCGCCGCUGCCGAAAACUCCAACGUCAUUGCCGUGGGCAGCAGCGACGGUGCCGUUACGCUGCUCGAGCUCAGCGAUGGUCUCGUCAACAUGCAGGGCAACAACGAGAAGGCCGCCAUGGCAGGCCUGUUGGAUCGUGAAACGUCGCGCGAAAAGUUGUUGGCUUCGCGGGUGCGCGAGCUGGCAUUGCAGCAGCGCAUUCGCUCGGCCCGCCCCGGUGGAACCCAACCCGUCCCCGACGACGAUGAAGAGGACCCCGUGGCAGCAGCCGAGAAGAACUUUUGGAGUUCGGUGGACCCCGACUACUACGAGAAGCAAAGCGCUAGCCGUCUCAGUGAGCCUGCCGUCAAUGCGGAGGCUUGAGCUGCCAAACAAGGACCAGCUCUAGGCCUGCGAUCGGACUGAGUAAUCGCCAGUGCUAAUUGCACUCUUGGUUUGCGUCGCGUCACCCUUGAGCUGUAGCCUGUUUGGCCUCUUUCCGCUCCCAGGGGGCGUGGAUUAAUUUCUCUUCCCCAUUGAUUGAUUGACAAAUGUUAUUGGUUGACAUGUGAAUUCAGAUUGUACCGUCCC